AUGGCAAUGCUGAGGUUUACAAAAAAUCAACCUGAAACUCCCAAAACGGAUAAAGUGCAAGGAAAAAUCACAUUGAGGCCAAGCACAACGCGUGCGAGCUCAAGCAAAUAUAAAACUUUCAAUAUGAAUUCCCCAGCCCACAGCAAUUCAAAAAAUUCUAAGCCUUCUUUAUUCCUGAAUUCCAGCUUAAAACCUAAGAAAACUGCUUCAACUGACCAAACAGUCCAACCUAAAAUAAAAGUUAACCCAUUGAUGAAUCUUGGCAAAUCAAUCCACAACCCAUCAUUGAGCACCAAAGUAGAUGCGCAAAUUUCAAAUACAAACGCUUCUAUCCAUAAUGCAUCAGUCAGUACGAGUUCUGCUCAGAUAAAAACGAUAAAUUUCAUUACAAGACCAUUAUCUUCUAAAGAAGUUUCAUUAGCGAAAAAUAACAAUUCAGCUUCAUCUAAAUCACUUGAAAGAAGCCAGUCAAGCAAUAAUACUUCAAGAAAUGAAAAAACACUGUGGGAAACUAUUGAAUUGCCUGCAACCCCUGGGACUAUACUGAAACUUUUUAAAGAUAAAUUGACUGAGUAUGAGCAAGGAGAAAUUUUAAAGUAUACGAAUAUUUAUUAUAUCGGGCUAAACUCAAAAAAAGUUAAGCCAAACCCAAAAUCUCAUUUCAAUUAUGGCUAUGAUAAUGAAGGCGGAGAUUAUGAAAUAGUUAUGUGUGACCAUAUUGCUUAUAGAUAUGAAAUCAUUGAUAGAAUUGGAAAAGGCAGCUUUGGGCAGGUUUUAAAAGUGUAUGACCAUAAAAGGAAAAACCUCCUUGCACUAAAAAUAAUUAAAAGUAAAGCAAAAUUCCAAAAACAGGCGGAAGUUGAAAUAGAAGUGUUGAAGUUUUUAAGGAAAAAAGAUGAGAAAGAUAAAUAUAACGUUGUCCAUAUUGAAAGUUAUUUUACCUUUAGACAUCAUGCUGUAAUUUUUAUUUAGUGUAUGACUUUUGAGCUGCUCGGGAAUAAUCUUUAUGAAUUCCUAAAAUUAAACAAUUUCCAAGGAUUAUCUUUCUCCCUCAUCCGCCGGUUUGGGGUUCAGAUUCUUAAAGCUCUUAAGCUCCUAGAAAAAAACCAAAUUGUCCACUGUGAUUUAAAGCCAGAAAAUAUUUUAUUAAAAAAUUCGAAUAGGUCUAGUAUAAAAAUCAUUGACUUUGGUUCAUCUUGCUUUACUGAUAAGCAAUUAUAUACAUAUAUUCAAAGCAGAUUUUAUCGUGCGCCUGAAAUUAUACUAGGAAUUCCUUAUACUCCUGCAAUUGAUAUGUGGAGUUUUGGGUGUAUUUUAGUUGAACUUUAUAUAGGAAGACCAAUUUUCCCAGGCGAAAAUGAAGCUGAGCAGCUAUUAUUAAUGAUGGAAAUGCUAGGACUGCCUAGUGAAGAUUUACUUUUGAGAUCGACAAGGAAAAAACUGUUUUUCAGCUCAAAUAACGAGCCUAAGAUUGUUGCUAAUUCCAGAGGGAAAAAAAGAUAUCCAGGUACCAAAAAUAUUAGAGAAAUAUUGAGAGGGGCUGAUGCAGAAUUUAUUGAAUUGGUAUUAAGAUGCUUUGAAUGAGAUCCCAAUAAAAGAAUCACCGCAAAAGAAGCCUUGAAGCAUCAAUGGUUUACUGAUGAAAAUAAUUCGAUUAUUCCAAAGGUGAGCUCUGUAAAUAAAAUUACUCUUCUAAGAGGACAAACCACUAAUCACUUUAUUAAAAUGAGCAUGGAUGAACAAAUAAUUCAAAACCCAAGCUUUCAAAUUAAGCUCACUGCAAGAAAAAUUGGAAAGCAUUCAAAUUCGACAGUUGAAUCUUAA